GUCCCGUUGACUUUCCAUCAACAUCCGCCAUGGAUCCGUACAAGAUUCUGGGCGUCCCAGCGAGCCAGGUGAAACAUCCGAGCGAUCUGGAUAAGGUGCGACAACGCGCCAAGAAGCUGUACAAAAGAUAUGCGUCCGAAAAGAACAAAUUUCAGGCCAAGAAAGUCAUGGAGGCCUUUGAAAUGGUACAAAGAAAUAUGAAGAAGAUUGGUGAAGGAGCUUACAAACUUCUUGGGAGAGGUCGCAAAGAAAGAGAGUUGGACCGACACUUCAACCACCAGACCAAGGAGAUCAAGAAAGAUCGACGGGUCAAGAGGAAACUGAAGCAGGAACGCAAGGGGGAGAAGCGCUUCCACUUGCCGGGAGACAAGGAGAGGAUCCCCACUGGCUGGAGAGAGAGACAGCGAAGGAAAAAACGCCGGCGGCAACAAAUGAACAAGCCUAAAAAGCCCAACGUGGAUGUUUUGCAAGGUCUUGAACGUUUGGCCGCAGUGCUGCCGCAAAAGACCAAAUUCCCGAAGGUGGUGAAGUUGCUCUACCGAUGGAUCAAGGAAUACAUGAACGUGGACAAUCGCGAGUAUGUCUUUAGAGUGCUCAAUGACGUCACCAAAUUGCCUUUCCUGGCAGAGGACAAAGAAGGUCGGCAAGAUGUCAUUUGCGUUUUUGAGUAUGUCCUCACAUACAACUCCCAGUGGUUUGAACAGGACGAUAAGCAUCGAAUGAUUGGCCGUGCAUGGCAGUUGGCUUCUGUCUUGUGGUGUCAGUGUUUCACCGACGAUGCGUUUACAUUGUCGAGCACCAUCACGAAGCUGAAUGCAGUGUUUGCACUCAUCGAGGAGCACAAAUCGGCAGUGGACAGCUACUUAGAAGAGAAGCAGCGCAAAGCUGCCAGAAAUGAGGCGAAGCUUGAGGCCAAAACGGAGGCGAAACUGGAAGCCAAGGAGGAGGAAGCCUUGGAAGCGAAGUUGGAGGAGUUGAAGGCCAAUGGAAAGAAAGCCAAGCUGGCAGAACCAGUGGAACCCAGUUCGGCCAAUGGGCACGUCGAGCCAAAGCAAGAGGCCAGCGACGGUGAGGAUUUCUUUGGAGGAGGUUGCGAAGAUGACGAUGAAAGUUCUGAGGAGGAAGAGUGCAGUGAAGAUGAUGAAGUUUCGGAGGAGAACAAGAAAGAGAAAAGCAAGGCAAAUUGCAUUGACUUGGACAGCGACGCUGAAGGUGGCGAGAUCAGCUCUGUCGAGGAGGAAGAGUCAGUGGAAAUCGAAAGUAGCAGCGAUUCUGAGGACUUGGAGAUGGAAAGCUUCGUCUUCCCCGUGCCACAUUUGGAGGAGAGCCUCAUCAGCCUGCGUAAGGACUUUGUUCAUCGCUGCCUUUUUGCCCUUUUUCAGAACAGAGGCCCACUUUGGGCGCGAACCAAGGUGGACACCUUCUUUCAGGAAGUCUUCUACCGACGCGGAUGCUUGGACAAGGAGCAGCAAACCCAGGUGGAGGCAUGGCAAGCCAGAAUCAAGGUGCUGCAGAAGGAAAGUGAGCACAAGGUGGGUGAGGCCAACAACAUCCUUGAAGCUCACCGUCCGGUGGUGGACAGUCGCGAGUUGAGGCAAGUGGUGGAUGCGGACUCCAACGCUUGGUCGGCCAAGCAGACCUUCGACUCGCGCGAGAAGAGUGGAGCACGUCACGUUAUCAGAUGAGUGACCGAACAAGGCCAUCAAGUUGCCAGUCAUCUUGAUUUUCGAACAAAGGGGGGAGUUGUCCUCAGUGAAAGACAAAUCCGCGGAAGAAGGGUGGUUUUUCUUCACGCAAUUUUCUG